UCAGGGGCGGGGCGCUGCUGCCCUCGCUGAGCGGGCCGGGCUUCCACAUCAUGCUCCCUUUCGUCACUUCCUUCCACGCCGUCCAGCUUGAAUAAGCAGAAGCGAAGAGGGGGCGGGGCUAGUAGAAGCCCCUCCCCCUUUGACUCCCUUGAUGACAGGGAGGGCAGAAUCCCAGAAUGCCGGAGUCAUCCAGCCCACCUCCAUUCUACCACGAGGCAGGGAAUUAGCCUUCCAAGAAAGGAGGGGGCGGGGUCAGCAUAGGCCCCGCCCCCUUUGACUCCCUUGACAAGAGAGCUCUCCUCCUUCUUCUCCCUUCAGACGACACUGCAAACGGACGAGGUGAAGAACGUGCCUUGCGGGACCAGCGGUGGCGUCAUGAUCUACAUCGACCGCAUCGAGGUAGUGAACAUGCUCUCCGCUCAUGCAGUGUACGACGUGGUGAGGAACUUCACUGCGGAUUACGACAAGGCCCUCAUCUUCAACAAGAUCCACCAUGAGCUCAACCAGUUCUGCAGCGCCCACACCCUGCAGGAGGUCUACAUCGAAUUCUUUGAUCGGAUUGAUGAGUACCUGAAGCAGGCGCUGCAAGAAGACCUCAAUGUCAUGGCUCCGGGACUCACCAUCCAGGCUGUGCGUGUGACCAAGCCCAAGAUCCCCGAGGCCAUCCGGAGGAAUUUUGAACUCGUGGAGGCGGAGAAAACAAAACUCCUGAUUGCGGCCCAGAAGCAGAAAGUGGUGGAGAAGGAAGCCGAGACGGAGCGGCGGAAGGCUGUCAUAGACGCUGAAAAGGCAGCGCAAGUGUCCAAGAUCCAGUUUAGGCAAAAAGUCAUGAAGUCUGUGACGGAGAAGCACAUCUCCGAACUGGAAGAUGCAGCUUUCUUGGCGAGAGCAAAGGCAAAGGCGGAUGCGGAAUAUUACACGGCGCAGAAGGCGGCCCAAUCAAACAAACUCAAGCUCACCCCGGCCUAUCUGGCGCUGGUGCGGGACCGGGCCAUUGCUGCCAACAGCCAGCUGUACUUUGGCCGCGGCCUCCCUGCCCACCUCUUCCUGGGCGCUUGUGCGUUCGAGGCCGUGGUUGCCCAGGAGGCCAUGCGGAAGCAGGAAGUCAUGGGGAAGCCCCACCUCCAGGCCCCGCCCACUCCGCGUGAUUGACGUUCCCACCCUUGUUCGGAGGACAAACACUUCCUGUCGACAAGAGCCCAACCCAUGCAUUUCCAUCGGCCUCGAAGGGGGAAGUAUGGUGGCGGUGUCUCAUGUGCCGCCCGCAGUGAGCCUCGACGAAACCCAUUCCCUUUUCCCUUCAAUCGGAUUAUUGUAAGGAAACAGGAGAUCCCAUUUCGUUUCAUUCCUAACCAAGGUGAUGAGUCAAAGGGAUCUGCCACAAAGUUGAGUCAACUGGAAUCUUAGCAACGUUGCUGCAAGAAACAAUUUGCCUGCUGUGGGCUUUGGUAUAAAAAUGUGUGUUUUUGGGAUCCCGGAUAUGCAAAACGUUGAUCUUUGGAAUUAAGAGAAAUAAAAGAACUAUUUUCAUAGCC